AAAGACGCUAUUUAGAUAUUUUUUUCGCACGCCUCCGACUCCCCACGCCUCCUCUUUCUUUCCUGGUACCCUCCUCAAAUUCUCGAAUCCUCCACCGAUUCUCCCUCCCUCCCAAUUCCAUGGUGCAAUAGCACCGUCGCGCCCUGUUUUCUCGUGGCCGUCGUCGACGGACGGACGGUUGGCCUGCUGCUCCCCCCAUGGACGCCUCCGCUGGAGCCGGAUCCGGCAAUGCCCCCGGCGCCGCCCCCGGCGCCGGCGCGCCGUCCUGCUGCUACUACGCCCUGCUCGGCAUCCGCAAGAACGCUUCUUCCACGGACAUACGCGCCGCCUACCGGAGGCUCGCCAUGAAGUGGCACCCGGAUCGGUGGGCGAGCGACCCCGGCGCGACGGGCGAGGCGAAGCAGCGGUUCCAGCGGAUCCAGGAGGCCUACUCCGUUUUGUCGGACAAGGGGAAGAGGGCCAUGUACGACGCCGGGCUGUUCGACCCCCUCGACGACGACGACCAGGAUUUCUCGGACUUCAUGCAGGAGAUGCUGGUGAUGAUGGACAGCGUGAAAAACGAGAAGCCGGACACGCUCGAGGACCUCCAGAAGAUGCUGGACGACAUAGUGAACGGCGACGGCGGGAGCCGCGCCGCUGCCUCGGGCGGUAGCGCUGCCGGCACCGGCGGUGGCUGCGGCGGUCGCGUGCCGCCGGAGGCCAACCGGAGAACGCGCGUCGCGCCUUACCCGCAGCCGUCGUCGCGCAGGUGAUGGCCGCGCCGGUGUACGAGAUGUGCACACCACCGACGUGCUUUUAGCGAGAAGAUCAGAGCAGGAGGAGAGCCACCGAUAAAUUAAAAUUGGCAGAGCUGAAUUUGUUGUUCAUGAUUCCCCCCUGGUGUCGGGGCAAUAACAAGUCUAGUUUUAGGGCCACUCUGAGUUCUGAAUCCGGCCGGGAUAGAAGAAAUUGUGUAGAUGCGCGGCCGGCCAUAGAUUCCAUUAUUACAUCCUGUCGCUCUUCUCCUUCAUUUGUUUCCCGAUCAUGUCAGGAUCUGGAUGAUCUUUUUAACAGUUUCCCCUUUGCCUUUGGGGUAAUGUCUUCAGUUAUCUGUUACUAUUACA